UGAUUAGUCAAUUUUUUUAUUUUUCAGAUCGGAAAAGUCRUAURACAAUAAUCCCCGAAGUAAUGAUGAGAUUAGGCAACCAAUUGAUGCAGCGCCAAAUACAGAGACUUUCACACAACUAGAUGUUGUUGGAAGCGAAGCAGCGGUAGUUAUUAGUUGGUUUCAUAAUCCAGAGUACUUUUAUUGCCAGUUACAAAGUACACAACCUGAAUUUAAAACCAUGAUGGAAGAAAUCCAACAGUUUUACAAAGGGAGAAAAGCAGAGCUCUCUGCCGUGGGUGCCCCGGUCAUUGGAUUAUUUCCAGAAGAUAGUGUUUUAUACAGAGGUCAAGUCUUGGAAGUUUUAGGAAACCAAUACAAAGUACUUUAUGUCGAUUUUGGAAAUGUGUCAACUGUAAAUAAAGUGUGGCCUAUAGAUAAAAAGUUCAUGCAAAUGCCAGCACAGGCAAUUUGCUGUGGUUUCAAGGGCAUAGAACCUAUUGGCGGCAAUUGGCCAGAUCCGUCAACAUUUGCUCAAUAUUUUGGCAAGGACUGUUUUAUGGCCAGAUUUUUAGAGAAGAAUGACGACAGAACUUUUAUUCAGCUGUGGGACAAUCAAGAAGAAAUGUCACAGUUGCUCAUCCAAUCAAACUUGGCUAUAUCUGCUAAGCCACACAUAGAAACAGAUGAAAGUGUGGAUAUAUAUUUAUUGCUGAGCCAACAAUUCCGCGUUGUUCUGAAAAGUGUGAACAACUUGAAUGAUAUAAUUGUAGCUUUAGAGUGCGGGCUGGCCUUGACUUGUAAAGCGCACAAUUUAGAAUUGGCAACCGAAUCUCAUGAAGAUGCUCUUAAGGCUUAUUUGGAGCAAACUUUGAUUAUCUACGUAGAUAAUGUCUUAGAAAACGAGCAGCUGGAAGUAACAUUUUAUGACAACGAAGGUAAUAAAAUAGAUAUACUAUCACCAGAUGAAGGAGCUUAUCAGAACGUAGAACCACUUUGUCAGACAUUAAUUAAUAGCUCUCAACUGAAGGGUUUGGUAUCGCAUGCUAAUGAAACUUCGGUAUUCAUUCAACCCGCUAUGUAUGCUGAACAGAUAUUAGUUUUUCUGGAUCAAAUAUUUGAAGCUUAUGAUACGAGAAAUGAGGAAUCAACUAUCAUUCCAGAAGAAGGAUUUGUAUAUGCUGUACAUGGUUCUGAUGGCAAUUGGUAUAGAGGUAGAGUGGAGACCUUCGAUGAUGAUAAAGCGACAAUAACAUAUGUAGACUAUGGGAAUAGCGAGAGUGUUCCAUUUUCCGAUCUUAGAGAGCUAUCGCCCGAAUUCAACGUGCCCAAUGUUAUGUGUGUAAAGGUAAAUCUCACAUCGGGAACAGCAUCAUCUUUCCUCGAUAAAGAGGUUGUAGCAUCAAUUUAUUAUGGAUAUAGUGGAUGGGAAGGAACUAUACAAGAAUGUAUUAAUAAUGAAAAUAUAAGCGAAACUGCAAUCGAAGUUACUAAUACAGAUACAGCUUUACCUUUAACAGAUGGCCCCCAACAAAAAUCUGGGGAUUCCGAAUUAAUAGUUGAUGAUGCAGAAGUUCACAAUACAGAUUAUGUAAAUAACGAGGCAGAGCAGAAUUUGGUUACUGAAUAUAUAAAUACGGUAGUAUCAACUCCAUUAAAUGGCACAUCAAUUCAUGUGAGUCAUAUAGACACUCCUACCGAGUUUUACGUCCAAUUUGGCGAAUCAAAAUCAGCUAUUGAUGAGUUACAAGAGCUAUUACAAGCGCAAGUAGACGAGAUGCCAGCUUUGGAAAAUGCUUCAGUCGGCAUUUUAUGUGCUGCUCCAUACAGCGUUGAUGGUUUGUGGUAUAGAGCUGAAGUAUUGGAUGCAGAUGAGGACAUAACGACAGUCCGAUUUGUUGAUUUUGGUAAUACAGAUGUCAUUGACAAUAAAACGACACAAGUGAAAACGUUGCCUCCUAAUUUGCUAACGUUAGCUGUAUACGCAACUCGAUGUAGCCUUAAGCUAAAAUCAUUGGACGAAGAAUGGAGUCAGCAAGCUUUGGAACUGUUUGAGAGCCUAGCAUUGCAACCGAAUUUACAAGCAGAGUAUCUUACCCAAGAUGAAAAAACGACUAUUUUGGAAUUGUAUUCGAAUGGAGUGAACGUUAAAGAUGAGCUGCUUGCACAUAAUUAUGCAGUUCCAUGUGAAAUUAUUACAGAAAACAAAACAACAUGUUUUGUAAGUCAUUUAAAUUCGCCUUCAGAGUUCUGGGUGCAAAUGGAAAGCUGCAUCAAUGAGUUGGAAUGGAUUGCAGAACAGCUUUCGGGAGCGGAGCUAUUUUCUGAGCUCGACGAUAUGUCCCCUGGAGCAUUGUGUGCCGCUCUGUUCCCUGAUGAUGAGAUGUGGUACAGAGCUAGGAUAUUGUCAAACACUAUUGCAGGCAUCGAAUUACUAUUUAUCGAUUAUGGAAAUUCGUGCGUUAGUAACAGUCUUCGGCAAUUACCUGAAGAUAUUGUGGUAACGCCCCCAUUAGCGCAAAAAUGUUGCCUUCAAAAACCGGAUGGUAUUCCAUAUUGGACGAAAGAAGCUCAAGAUAAAUUUGCUGAAUUAUCUGCAGAAGGACAAACCAUUUUUGAGCUGAAGAAAAUUAGUUCCGGAGAAACCACCACAGUAGAGUUAUUACUCAAUUCCGAAAAUAUUGUUCCAAAAAUAUUACCUGUAACCCAAGACGGGUGUUUGAAAAAUUUCCAGUCUUUGAAUAAAUUUGAUCUUGAGAAAACUGGAGAUAUACUUGGAGAAAAUGUUUGUUUAGAACCUCUGCCUGGCAUGGAAUGGGACGAAGAGUCGAAUAAAAAGUUUUCAGAAAUUUAUUCGGAAGGCUCCUUAUUUCAAGUUGAAUUACUUGGAGAGGACUGUGUACGUCUCUAUCAGAACGGAGCAGAUAUUCGGAUUGGGUUAGGAGGUUCAAAGAUUAAUGUAAAUCAAUCCUCUGAGUUACCCCUUAUUAAUGACAGCAUUAUUGUUUAUAAUACAGGAAGUGGUAAUUUAGAAACUACUUCUCCCAUUGAUUGCAGUAAUCAAGAUGAUCCAAGUAUUACAGUUGAAUCGAUUGAAUCAGCAGAAAUCAGUUCGAUACAAUCUUGUUCACCUCACCUAUCAGUUUACGACAGUUCGAAUCUUGAAAUAUCAACUAGCAACCUAACUAAUGACAAGGCAGAACUCGCACCCGAAAUCAAUACUUCUUUGCAGGGCAUUGAAAAGCUUAACAAUACCAAUGAACAAGUUCUGGAAAAUAUUGAAGGGUGUGUAGCAGCAAAAAUGCCAGAUAGUUCUCAAAAGAUAACCGACCUCCUGACAGAGGUUGGAUCAAUUUCCCAAAAUAUUGAUGUUAGUGCUAAUUGUUCUACUAAUUUGUCCUUCGACUCUGCGAAAACAUCAGAAGGUAUGAGUAGUGAAAGCGGAAUUGUGUGUGAUGUUCAACUGAGUUCUGAUUUCUCGUCUGAUUCAGUCGCUAAGCAGUCGAGCGUGUUAGAGAAAUCGGACGACCCAGCUAGCGAGAAUAACUCAGUUCCACAAAUCAAUGAAACAGUUGAUGACAUGAGCAAAACAGACGAAAUUGCCCAGCUUCAUGAAGCAGGACAAAAAAAUGAAAAAGCAAAAACUAAUUUAGUUAAGAAUUUGCCCGAAGUUGCAGUUACUUCACCCAGCACUUCUCAAGAGCAAUCAACAUGUUCUGUAAAGGAAUCAACAACUGAAGAAAAAACAACUAAAAGCCGACCCACAAGUCGAGAUAGAUUCCCGAUAAGUCACGAUGAUAAAAUUAUUCCAGCGUGUGCUUCACGACCCCAAAGUCCACUAUCGUCUGACGAAGAACCCGGUGCAGAGUUGCCAACAAGUAGACCUGCAAGUUCUCAAGGGUUUCGUGUAAGUCAUGAUGAAAAAAUUUUACCAGCGGUUUUAUCGAGGCCGCAAACUCCGUUACUCGAUUGUGAUUCUGCGGAGAACUGAAUGGAAUAUAAUGUUUUUUUAUAUAUUAAAAAAAAACAAUUUAAUAUGAUAUAAACUGCAAAAGAAAAUGUUUUGUUUGUGUUUGUUUAUCUAAUUAAAUUUAUAAUAAUAAGUACAUUGUAAACUACAUGUAACUUCUUUACUGCGGAUGAAAUUAACCCGCUUUUUAUGUUGUUUUUAUUAGAAACAUGUUAUUAUUUCCCUAAUAAAAAUACUUUUUAGAUUAUUUUAUUUUCA